CCCGUGCCUCCAAGUUUUUCAACGGUGCGCGGCGGUGGCGGGAUUCCCCGGGCGGGAAGGCAAAGCUGGCCACAACAUCAACAUCAACAACACAUCGGAAUCAACAAACAACAACAUCAACACCACCAUCGAAACCAACACAGCGAUGAGUUUUAUCGAGCAGUUUGCCUCUCUGGUGGACCAGCCGUCCAUUCCAUGGAAGAAGAUUAUCCUGGGCUUCACCACAUUCCAGUUCGCCUUUGAAACGUACCUCACGUACCGUCAGUACAAGGUGCUUCAGAAGAAGGAGAUCCACCCGUCUCUGAAGGGCUCAAUUGAUGAGGAGACGUUCACCAAGACACAGUCGUACUCUCGUGCGAAGGCGAGAUUCAGCAUCUUCACCGGAAUCUACUCGUUUGCUCAGAAUUACUUCUUCAUCCAGUACGAUAUCCUUCCAAAGCUGUGGUCCAUUGGCAAGUCCAUCUACGGCUCAAUUGCUCCAAUCUUGCCUGCUGCUUUACAAUCAAGCACGAUUGUUCAUAGCUUGUGUUUCCUCUCUGUUUUCUCCCUGCUGUCCACUGUGCUGUCGCUGCCAUUGUCAUAUUACCAGAACUUUGUGCUUGAAGAAGAGUUUGGCUUCAACAAGCUGACGGUCAAGCUGUGGGCUGUCGAUACCGUUAAGAGCCUGGUGUUUACUUUCCUCCUGGGAUUCCCUGUUCUUGCUGGCUUCUUGAAGAUCAUUGACUACUUUGGAGACAGCUUCAUCUUCUACGUCUGGUUGUUCAUGAUGGCAGUCCAGAUUAUUGCUAUCGCUAUCUACCCAACCCUGAUUCAACCUUUCUUCAACAAGCUGACACCAUUGGAGGAAGGUGAACUCAAGACAUCCAUUGAAAACCUGGCUUCCGAUAACAAAUUCCCAUUGACUAAGCUCUACGUGAUCGAUGGCUCAAAGAGAUCUGCUCACUCGAACGCCUACUUUUACGGCUUGCCUUGGUCCAAGCAGAUUGUCAUCUAUGACACCUUGAUUCAAACAUCAACCACCUUGGAAACAACUGCUGUCUUGGCCCACGAAAUUGGCCAUUGGGCCUUGUCACAUACGACAAAGACUUUGCUCAUUGCUCAACUCCACGUCUUGUCUAUCUUCACCUUGUUCUCUGGUUUCAUCCACAACAAGUCCCUGUUCCAGAGCUUUGGCUUCUUCAAUGAGACACCUGUUCUCAUUGGCUUCCUCCUAUUCUCCGAUAUUCUUCAACCGUUGGAUAACAUCAUGACGUUCUUCAUGAACUUGCUGUCCAGAAAACACGAGUACGAAGCCGACGAGUAUGCCGUCAAGUUGGGCUACGCUCAGUCUCUUUCAAAGGCCUUGAUCAGCCUCAAUGUUAAGAACUUGAGCUCCCCAGACGCAGACUGGUUAUACUCCAGUUAUCAUCACUCACAUCCUAUCCUUCCAGAAAGAUUGGAUGCCAUCAACAACAAGGCUAAACACUACGAUGCAAAGCAAAAGUGAUAUAACUACAAGCUCUUCAAAAGAAGCAAAAAGUCGAAUAAAUUAAAAUUGUUACACUUGAAACUGUGAUAGUACGGAACUUACCAAACCUGCAACUCCUCGAUAUACUCCACCCUGCCCUUUGUUGCAUCCAGGUUCUGAGAGACGUAGUAUCUAAC